UCUGCAUGUAUUUGGAUUUUUAUUUUUCAUCCACUUUGGGGUUAAGGUUGACGACAUGAGAGUUUAUAUCGCGCUUACGCUUGUAUCUCUCACUGCGCGCAUCGGAGUGUCACAGUACCUCCUGCGGGUGCGUCCAUCGCCCAGUGACCACCUACCUGUGCUGGACUUAAAGGAGGACUUCGACCGGGACGGGGAACCCUCUGAGGAAGAUCUCUCUGCGCCAAACCUAAAAGGAAAACUUGGAGACAGUUUUGACUCCAGUCGAAUGUCUAUCGGUCCCCCGACGCAUGGGAAUCUGUCCCUAACACAUUCACGCAUCACUCUCACGGGACACAUGCCGCGUGAAUUGAGAGAGCUGAAUUUGAGUGGAGGUAUGUACGGCCAACGUCUUAAAAUUAACAAAAGAGCCCGUCAGAAGUUCCUCCGGUGGCUGUGGGCGCACACACAUUGCCCUGUCUUGCCAGUCUGGAAGGACCUCGGGGUGCGCUUCUGGCCGCGUUACAUCAAAGAAGGUCGUUGCACUCGCAAGCAUUCGUGUUCUGUGCCCAAGGGAAUGUACUGCAAGCCUCACCGAUCCGUUAGCUUGACGCUUCUCCGGUGGCGCUGCCAAGGCUCCUCCAAGUUCUCGCGUUGCUCGUGGAUCCACGUACAGUACCCCAUAAUCUCCCAGUGUGAGUGUUCAUGCUGA